GCCAUCAACGCGAACAACGUCCACACCGCCGCCAUCAUCACCGCACCACGUGACCCGACACAUGACCCUCCACGCACGUGACCCGGCUGUCACGUGAGCCACGGAAGAUGGCGGUGUGCGUGGCCGUCAUCGCCAAGGAGAAUUAUCCAUUGUACAUCAAGACAAUCCCGACGGAGAAUGAGCUGAAGUUUCACUACACGGUGCACACUUCUCUGGACGUGGUGGAGGAGAAGAUCUCAGCAGUGGGGAAGGCACUAGUGGAUCAGAGAGAGCUGUACUUGGGGCUGCUGUACCCCACAGAAGAUUACAAAGUAUAUGGUUAUGUCACCAACACGAAAGUGAAAUUUGUGAUUGUGGUGGAUUCUUCCAACAUCGCGCUGAGGGACAAUGAAAUCCGUAGUAUGUUCAGGAAACUGCACAAUUCCUACACGGAUGUCAUGUGCAACCCAUUCUACAACCCAGGAGAAGUGAUUGAGUCCAAGGUCUUUGACAACAUGGUUUCGGGUAUGAUGAUCCAGGUAUGCUGAGGCUUUCGCUGUGGAGUUCCUGCUCUCUUCUGCCUUUGCUGUUUGCCGAUCUCUCUGUUAAACUUACAGGACUGAUUUAAAUGAGUUACCACCUGUAUUUUAUAGAGGGAAGGUUUCUACAGCUCGAUUAUCAAUCAAUGCCUAAUUCCCUUGAACAUCACAAAGGAUUACACAUGAAUAAGAUCUCUGGGGUAAAUUCAGUAAGACACUUAUUUCUGAACACAAUGCUUUUGUGAAUGAUCGAUGGCAAGUUUCCUGAUAGUGAUGCUGUUGUUCUGCAGCUCUGUCCAUUCUCAGCGGGUAAGCCUGUCACAUCACCAUUGAUAAAACUUGGUCUCAAAAGAAAGACUCUUGGUUAAUUAUUUGCACAGCUGAGACCUUGUAGUUAUAGAGAUGUAUGUGUGUAAGAAUGGGGGUUUAGAUCCAAUGGUUCCGUUUCAUCAUUGCUCGAAAGUAUUUGUUGAAUGAAUUUCCCCGUUUGCUGGUCUGUCACUUUCAGCAGGGGGCCAGUAUCAUCUCUGAAUGCAGCUUUCUUCCAGGAGAAUUCAUAACGUGAGGAUCUCCAGUAUUAGAAGGAUGGCAUGUUUGGAUUUUGAGGUUUCUUUGUAGUUGGCCGAGUGUUAGACACUGCAUGCAGUGGACAUUUGAAUGUGAUUGCUUUGACCUUUAUUGUAGAAUUGUAAAUAUAAUUUCAGCCUCGA